UUCUCAAUGGAGCUUCAAACUUUCCGCCCUCCAUCUUUUACAGGAAAUGUGUUGUCUUUGAUGAAACAUCAUGUAUGCAAGUGGAGAAGUCAUAAUCAGUCUGGUAUGGAUCUCACAUUUUUAAGGGAUAGACGGUUUGGGAAGCAUCCGACAUGUGGAAGGAAAUACUUGACAAAAAGUAAUGAAGGUUCUGUUUCUUGUUCAUUAAAUGAAGGAAAUAAUCAAGAUUUCAAGCUAAGUGAUGCACGGGUGAUUUAUAGUGUAGCUCCUGCUAUGGGCCAUAAUCAGGAGUCACAUCCAGAAUCCCAUUUUAGAGUUCCUGCAAUUGUGACUACUCUUGAAGAGAUGGAACUCACUUCAAAGUUCCGUGGAUCAGAGAUCAUUGAACUUCAAAAUUAUAAGCCUGCUUCAGUAGAUGACGUUGCAAAUGUUCAUGAAAGAGCAUAUGUAUCAGGACUUGAGAAGGCUAUGGAUCGGGCUUCACAACAAGGCAUUGUGGUUAUUGAAGGCUCUGGACCAACAUAUGCUACUGCCACUACAUUCCAGGAGUCACUUGUUGCAGCUGGAGCUGGCAUUUCCCUUGUUGAUUCAGUGGUUUCAACAUCAAAGAGCAGCCUUGAUCCACCUAUGGGUUUUGCUUUGAUAAGACCUCCGGGACAUCAUGCUAUACCAAAGGGGCCUAUGGGUUUUUGUGUUUUCGGGAAUGUGGCCAUAGCAGCUCGUUAUGCUCAACGUGUCCAUGGAUUGAAGCGUGUAUUUAUCAUUGAUUUCGAUGUUCACCAUGGGAAUGGCACAAAUGAUGCCUUCUAUGAUGAUCCAGAUAUAUUCUUCCUUUCAACACACCAAGAUGGAAGCUAUCCGGGCACUGGUAAAAUUCAUGAGGUAGGCCAUGGAGAUGGUGAAGGAACGACUCUAAAUCUGCCUUUACCAGGAGGCUCCGGUGACAUUGCCAUGAGAACUGUUUUUGAUGAAGUCAUCGUUCCAUGUGCUCAAAGGUUCAAGCCAGAUAUAAUUCUUGUCUCUGCUGGAUAUGAUGGUCACGUAUUAGAUCCGCUUGCCGGUCUACAGUUUACAACAGGAACAUUUUACAUGCUUGCAGCAAAUAUCAAACAACUUGCGAAAGAGCUGUGUGGAGGCCGCUGUGUGUUCUUCUUGGAAGGAGGAUACAACCUCAAGUCUCUUUCAUAUUCAGUUGCAGAUUCAUUUCGAGCUUUUCUUGGCGAACCCAGUGUGGCAUCCGAGUUUGACAACCCUGCCAUCUUGUUUGAAGAACCCUCUACGAAAGUGAAGCAAGCGAUUCAAAGAGUUAAACACAUACACUCCCUGUGAGGAUUUCUAGACCUUCAUGAUUCGCGAUUCAAAGAGUUAAAACACAUACACUACCUGUGAGGAUUUCUAGACCUUUAUGAUUCGUCUUAACGUAUGUGUUGUAUAUACCGCUUAGCAUAUACAUGACUUGUAAAUCAUUUUCUUGAUAAAGAUAACAAUUAUAAGCAGAUUUUGAUA